CACCUGCUUAUGUCUUUCUCCUUGUAGCGAGCCCAUUCCUCCUAUUCUGUCGUUCCAGUUCAGCAGUAUUGUUCCCAAUUUCCAUUUAAAGAAAGCAGAGUUUCUCCUUGCAUUCCUCCUGGACUCAGUCUUUCCUUUACACUCCUUCCUUCAAAAACAUGGUUAUUCAUGUUUAUGCUUAAGACAUUUCAAGGGAAGGGGAGUUUGAUCUCUCCUCUCCCAGUCCAGUUAUGUGCUUCCUGGUGUUGCGGUGUCUAGUAAUGGACAGGAGGUGUUGAUCAUCAUCAGAAGAACAGAAGGAAUGAGACCAGGGGCUGCCGCGCUCUGAGAGAGAGAGAGAGAGGGAGAGAGAGAGAGAGAGAGAGAGAGAGAGAGAAACGGGUGUGAGAGCCCGAGAGAGAUGGAAGGGAGUGAGAGCUGAAAGAGAGGGAGGCGUGUGAGUGCCAGAGAGAAGCGAGGGAGGGGUGUGAGUGAGAGUUUGAGAGAACACAACACUGAGAGCGGACUUCCCUAGGAGCUGCUCACUGCUACAACGCCACAACUCACAGCUAGGGUACAAAACACACCCCAACACACACUCACACUGUACACACACCCAGCCGAGAGGAGGCUUUAUCCACUUCUGACCGAGAGGCUUUGUGAAAUUUCCGUGUAUUGAAAUCGAAGUGGACACAAACCCAGUCACAAUGGAAGAGAAUAUGGAAGAAGGACAGAAUUCAAAAGGAUGCUUUGAGUGCUGCGUCAAAUGCCUGGGCGUCCUCCCGUAUGCCUCUCUCUUCGCCACCAUCCUUCUGUACGCUGGGGUGGCGCUGUUCUGCGGCUGCGGGCACGAGGCCCUCUCUGGCACCGUCACCAUCCUGCAGAACUACUUCGAGGUGGUCCGAGCUCCCGUGGAAACCCUGGACGUCUUAACCAUGAUUGACAUCUUGAAGUAUGUCAUCUAUGGCGUGGCGGCGGCAUUCUUCGUCUACGGCAUCCUGCUGAUGGUGGAGGGCUUCUUCACCACCGGCGCCAUCAGGGACCUGUACGGAGACUUCAAGAUCACCGCCUGCGGACGGUGCGUCUCCGCCUGGUUCAUUAUGUUGACCUAUAUCUUCUUCCUGGCCUGGUUGGGUGUGACAGCCUUCACCUCGCUGCCCGUCUUCAUGUACUUCAACAUCUGGACCAUCUGUCAGAACACCACUGUGGUGGAGGGGGCCAACCUCUGCCUGGACCUGCGCCAGUUUGGCAUGGUAACUAUCGGGGAGGAGAGGAAGGUGUGCACGGGCUCCGAGAAGUUCUUUAAGAUGUGUGAGUCUAACGAGCUGGACAUGACGUUCCACUUGUUCGUCUGUGCCCUGGCCGGGGCUGGGGCUGCAGUCAUCGCCAUGGUCCACUACCUAAUGGUACUGUCUGCUAACUGGGCCUACGUGAAGGACGCGUGUCGGAUGCAGAAGUACGAGGACAUCAAGUCCAAGGAGGAGCAGGAGCUCCACGACAUCCACUCCACUCGCUCUAAAGAGCGUCUCAAUGCCUACACCUAAAGCACACGACCCCCCCCCCUCCCCCCCGUCCCAUCCCGUCCCCCUAUCCUUCCUUCCCUCCCUCCCCAACACACACACAUGUCCAUGACACACACGCAGCAGAACACACACAGAAAUCACACAAGCUAUUCAAUGUCUGGUGUUUAUGUUCGUAGGGGCACAAGUGUAAGGGGGGGAGGGAGGGUUGUGGUGUCGUGUUGUGGGUGGUUUCGACUUCACUAAGCUUACGGGUGUGACGAGACAAGUCGUUCCUACGGGAUACCGUGUGUCUUCUCUGACGAACCCUUCUUUCCUGUAUUGAGAUUUCCUUUCUAUUUCUCCUCCUCUUUACUCCUCCCUUUCCUGUCCCGUUUCUCCUUCUCAUACCCUACCCUUUCUCCUCUUUACUCCUCCCUUUCCUGUCCCGUUUCUUCUUCUCAUACCCUACCCUUUCUCCUCUUUACUCCUCCCUUUCCUGUCCCGUUUCUUCUUCUCAUACCCUACCCUUUCUCCUCUUUACUCCUCCCUUUCCUGUCCCGUUUCUUCUUCUCAUACCCUACCCUUUCUCCUCUUUACUCCUCCCUUUCCUGUCCCGUUUCUUCUUCUCAUACCCUACCCUUUCUCCUCUUUACUCCUCCCUUUCCUGUCCCGUUUCUUCUUCUCAUACCCUACCCUUUCUCCUCUUUACUCCUCCCUUUCCUGUCCCGUUUCUCCUUCUCAUACCCUACCCUUUCUCCUCUUUCUCCUCUUCUACCUCUUCCCCUCUUUUUUUUCCCUUUGCAUUUUGUAUAUUGGUAGUAGCACAUCUUUUUACAAUGUGUCAUUGCUUUUGUUGUAUAUCUCGAGGUCGAGUGCUUCCAUUUAUUUAUGUUUGGUUUUAGGAGGGGUCGGGGCUGGGGGCUGUUGAGUUUUUAAUCGCUUUUUAAUUCACAUUUCUGUGUAAUUUAUAUUUAUACGUUCCUAAACACUCGUCAUCCAAUCAUACAUAGGUUUUAACAUCCAUUUUUAUUUCAACAUAUCCACUUAACAAGACCAAAAUGUGACCGAAACUUGUAUCAUUUACAGGUAAAUUACAGCAUAAUAAGCUUCCGAAACAGUAAGCAUCGCCGGUAUAAAAACUAUGUACAGAAUCUUUUUUCAGAAAAUUCUUUAUUGGUUGGGAGUGCCAGGGAUUCUCAAACAGAACAAAGUUCCUUCAAGUGACUUUUUACAUAUUGCUAUAACUGUAGCUUGGCCUGUCAGAAACGUAUGCUAGCUUUGUUGAGUAGCCUAGUCAUUGAACGUGAAAAACACUGAUUGUCUGUCAAUAAUAAUAGUGUUCUGAAGCUGUGAAAAGAAAAACAGUUGUUUGAGUGGCAAGUCAGUGGAGUGAGGAAGACAAUGAUGAUGAUAUGUCGUAUAAGGAGGAAGGAGAAGAGGGUGAUGUACAUGAUGUAGAAAUCCAUCUGAUAGAAGGGCCUUUCAGGAUUUCGCCGUGGGGGAAACUCUGUAGAAAACCACUUUUCUCAUUCAUCACAAGCCAUAACUCACAUGCAAAAUAACAUUUUACAGGUUUCAUUUUUAUAUGUUUUAAUCUUCAACUUUUUAAAUGCAAGUUAUCAGAAGAAGAAAUAUGAGAUGUUUUUUUGUCAGUAUUCUGCUCUGUAUAUAUAUCUACGGUAUAUAAAAUAUAUACAUAUAUGUGAGACACUUCAAUUUCAGGUCAUUCAUUUCAUUGGUCAAAGUUUGGUGAUAUUCUUGUGAACGUCCAUUUCAGAGAUUCCAGUGAAAUAAAUAUGGUAACAGAAUCUAGACGGCAAGCGGAUGAACAAGCUUUAGGCCUGAAACGGCCGUAUUGCUACACGUGGAAAAAGUUGAAUAUCACAUUGAGAGAUAACUUAACCGUCUGCAGGGUUGGGUUCAAUUCCAUUUAAGUCCAGUCAAUUCCGGAAAUAAACUAAAAUUCUUGCAGAAUUUACUGAAUUGAAAGAAAACUGACCCAAACCCUGACUGUCUGUGAAGCUAUACUAAAAAAACAUGAAAUGUCAAUAAAACAAUUAAAACCAUAUUACUCUUGAGUAUGGACCAAACUCUUGUCUUAACUCUUCCUACUACUCUAGUUUUGCAGUACAGCGUUUCAUCAUUCCGUUGCUAACAAAAAAGAACAACAUUUUUUAGUGCACUUAUUCAACCAUCGUGAGCUCUUUCUUGGUGUUACGUGCGUUUGGAUUUGAAGCCUAAUCUCUGUACUGUAGUCAUGCAACGUUUGGUUAUUAACCAAUAAAAAAAUUACUUGUAUUAUCUAGGUAAAAAAGAACCGUGAAUCUAGCUGUUAUUUGUGGCAUGGUUAUGCAUUCAGUGGUAAUAGUUUUUAACUGAUUCAAAAAGUAAAAAUAUCCUCUCUCUUUAUCAUUUUCAUUUCUCAUUUUUACGCUUGGACUGUCUGAGUCAACUGAUUUCCUAUAUGUGCAGCAUUGCAGUUCCUGCGCUAACAGUAUUGUGCUAAGUAAACAAAUAGCCUAUUAGGUUGUAGUGAAUGAUUUUGUUUCCCUUCCUCCUUUAGUUUGUAAUAUUCAUUUUUGAAAGCCCUGUCUUAAAAAACAGAUACUACUUUGUAAUGAUGUUGCGUAUUCACUUCUUCGGCAUAAACCUGAUAAUGCUUUCCGCUUUCUCCUCCCAUAUUAGUCUUUUGUACUUUCACUAAGAAUGCUUUGUAGCAGGCUGUACGAUUCUUCAUAAUCUGUUCUGUACAUACAUGUGCCAACGGCUUAAACAGUGGCUUUUUUUUAAACUGUAGGAACAAACUUGCUUGCGUUAAAUAAAAUACACUUGUGUACUUGUUAAUAAUUAAA